CUGGCCUGGAUCUGGGCACCUUCAGCCGAGGCGUCUCUUGUUUUCCUUUUCACUGCUCUGGGCAGAGUGUUCUAGACCCACAGCUGCUGUCCAGCCUACUCUGUGUGGAGGAAGGAGGGAGAGAGACAGUGCGGGCCACUGGGGACCGGUCAUGGCACAGGUGGACAGCCCCCGGCCCAGUGCUGCCUCCGGCCAGCCUCACGUGUCCAAGCUGGUCCUCCUAGGAAGUGGCUCUGUGGGCAAGUCCAGCCUGGCCCUCCGGUUCGUGAAGCAGGAUUUCAAGAACGUCCUGCCGACUGUGGGAUGUGCGUUCUUCACGAAGGUGGUGGAUGUGGGCGCCUCCUCCCUGAAGCUUGAGAUCUGGGACACGGCUGGCCAGGAGAAGUACCACAGCGUCUGCCAUCUUUACUUCAGGGGUGCCAACGCUGCGCUUUUGGUCUACGACAUUACCCAGAAGGAUUCCUUCCACCGGGCCCAGCAGUGGCUGUCGGAGCUGGAGAAGGAGUUCUCCCCAGGGGAGGUUGUGGUGAUGCUGGUUGGAAACAAGACAGACCUCGGAGAGGAGCGGGAGGUGACGGCACAGGAAGGGAAAGAAUUUGCUGAGAGCAAGAGGCUGCUCUUCAUGGAAACUUCGGCCAAAGCGGACUACCAGGUGUCCGAGGCCUUCGCGGCGGUGGCCCAGGAGCUCCUGCAGAGACAAAAAGCUGGGAACAGCGCCCCCCUGCGGGGGGGUGAAGCAGUGGAUUUGAACUCUGGGCCUGCCAGGCAGGUCAAGUGCUGUGCCCACUAGAAGUGGGCACUCCAGGAGAAAGGGGGAGGGACACUCCUGACCCAGCAGGGCCCCAGAGCAUCUCCCGCCUCGGCUGUGGCUCUGGGAUGAACUUUGACUGUCUGUCUGUCCAUCUGGAUUCACUUGAUGAUGGUUGGGUUCAAACCACAGAGGUGUUUGGAAAGUGGCCAUGUCUCUUUGCCAUGUCUCACGGCCUGGGGAACCAUCAGGGAGGGGCCGGCGACACAAGGCUGUCCACCACACGCCGCCGGAGCCGCACCCCGCUAGGCUCCCUGGCCGCUGCCUUGCCACCAACACUAGAGAGACCGGAGAGCAAGGACCAGAGGAGCUGCCACGCGACAUGAGCAGAGGGGGUCUGGGGGGAGGUGUCCGCCCGGGGCUGGGCUGGGCUGGUCCUGGAGGGGGCAGCGCUGGGCCCAGUGCGGCUGGGUCCCAGCGAGGUUGCUCAAGGAGGCAGAUUCUAAUGGGGCACCAGGGGUUCUGGGGCCAGAACUCCUCCUCUGGGGUGCAGCCCCUCCCCUCCCACCGGGGUGCAGCCUUGUUUCCGUCCAGUGAUGUGAAGACCUGGAUGUUUGUCCUGUGAUGGAAGUCGAGCCAUGGGUGCGUCUUCUAACAAUUAAACGGUCUCUGACCA